AUGGCAGACAACAGCAAGGGCAAUGGCAAGCAGCACGAGCGCGACGAGGACGGCGAAGACACCGACGGCGCAGGUGCACCAAGCCACCGUGAGCCCUACCCAGGGUAUCAGGCGGAUCUUCACCGCGACCGCCAGGCGGAGUCUGCGGAGGUGGACCGCUUGACGCGGGAACACCUUGUGCGACGCCGCUGGGAGCAGACACAUCGCCAGCAGGGUCGGGCACAGUACGAGCGGAUGCGCGAGAAUGAGGUGGCGCAGCCCAACAGCACGGCAGCACCACUGGGCUCUGAUCAAGACCGCCUUGGACGCACUGAUCCCAUCAUUCGACCACCACGCCGACGCGUCCACCGCUACAACUUCUUCGAUGGGCCCCCGGAGUCUAACCCUCCGCCAACUGCUCCUCGAAGCUGCCUCAAGAAGCGACGACGCGGAGAAGAGGAGGGCGACCUUGCUUCGCGGAAGAGGAGGAUGAGGGUGAGCUUCGGCGACGCCGUGAUCACCCACAUAUCUGGCCGCAGAAAGGGUGAAGUCGAGGUGUUAAAAUUGGGCAAUGGCGGGAGAAACAGCAACAACAAGUCCAGCGAGGAGGUUAGCGAGGAGAAUAGCGACGAAGAUACCCAUCCCGAUAUCCAGGACCUCAGCAAUCAGGUGGACGAUGUGGAAGCUCGUUAUAACGCAAUGAUCAACUCAUACCAGAGAGCACCAGUACCGAGUCUUGCCGAGGAGAUCGAAGGAGAUAUCCGUAAUCUCAGAGAUGAUGUGGCUGGCCUAGGGAAUCGUUACAAUGAUCAGAUCAUCCCGGACCAGGCUGCGCAAGCGUCCGCACCCAUGCCCUUGACGACAUCGGAUCGUUCGAUUCUUGAGAGUUCUCGCAGCAAGAUCGCCAGUCUCAAGCGCCAGAUUGCUCAUUUCCAGAGUAAGGCCAGAUGA